CUCAGGUACGCGUGGCACGCGAGCGGGACGUACGAUCGGCACACACGCACCGGCGGCUCCAAUGGAGGGACGAUGCGUUUCGAGACCGAGCGCGCCGACCCAGAGAAUGCAGGGUUCAGUAAGGCUCACGCGCUGGCUGUCAAGGCACUCUUUCCGGCACUCUCGAUGGCAGACAUUAUCAUUCUCGCAGGCCACGUCGCCAUCGAGCACACUGGUGGUCCGGCCGUGCCAUUCUCGUACGGACGGCGCGACUUUGGUGGGUGCGCGGCGUCGGCUUCGAUGGCGGAGAAAGAAAGUCCGACGAUCGAUGCGAUGCGGGGCACGUUUGAUCGGCUCGGAUUUGAUGAUAAGGAGACAGUCGCACUCAUUGUCCUCGGCCAUCAGUACGGCCGCUGCCACGGCGACGCCUCUGGCUUCGAGGGCGCAUGGCGCGAGGGGCUGGGGUACCCGUCGGCGUACACGCACGGCGUCGCGCGUGGUGGUUAUCGGCUGAGCCCUGGCGUUCUGGCGGCGCGCAACCAGCGCCAGUACGAGAUGGACUUUGGCGGGGGCGAGCCGUUCAUGAUGCUGGUGAGCGACAUGUGCCUGUGGUACGACGAGGAGUACCGGCGUCAUCUGCUACAUUACGAUAGUCACCGCAGCGAGUUCCGCCGCGAUGCGGCACUCGCGUGGAAGAAGCUCACCGAGCUGGGUUGUGCUGGCACCCUGGUGCCGGAGAGGGAGACCAAGGCGGCGUGA